AUGUCUCGUUCAUCGCAUCGGGAUGACUUCUUCCAAACCUCUGCUUCCUUGGAAGAGCAGAAGCGAAAGGACGCUAAAUCCCGAAACACCGAUGGGAGUCCCAUCAAGCUGCAAAGUAAGAUCCUGGCCGUUGCAGCUGAUCCUGUGAGCCCUGGCUCUGUAUAUGUUGCGCAGAGCGGUGGUACUGUUAGGAAGAUUCUAUUAGAAACCGGAGAAACUGCUGCUCUCUUCAAGGGACCUACGGCCCCCGUGACAAGUAUAUGUUUCAGCCCGGAUGGCAAGCUGUUAUUUGCCGGGUGCUGGGAUAAGACCGUUUGGAGUUGGGAUGUGGCCUCCAAGCAGCUAAAGCAGAGAUACGAAGGCCAUUCCGACUUUGUAAGAUCCGUGACCAGCGCAAGGCUACAAGGUCAGGACCUUCUCAUCUCGGGAGGUGCCGAUGCGCAGAUCCUGGUCUUCGACAUCGCAAGUGGUAAGCGACUGUAUACAAUCAAGGGCCAUGCCAAGGGGAUCCAAGACCUGGUUGUCGAUCCCGCUUCUCUCGACUCUGACGGCAGCAGGCUUGUGUUCAGCGCUGGCAGCGAUCGCGAGAUUCGCCAGUUUGACAUCGCCGCUGGUAGUCAAGAUCUCACUGCGGCUGAUCCUCUGCUGGCUCAUGAUACUAGCGUCUACAAGCUGUUCUUCGAUGGUGAUGGGGAUAUGUGGACAGCGUCGGCGGACAAAACAGCCAAAUGUCUGGUACGAGAGGAUGGCUGGAAAUCAAACUUGACGCUGACCCAUCCGGAUUUCGUCCGAGACGUGGUGGUGUACGAGCAAGGAGGCUGGGUCAUCACGGCAUGCAGAGACGAGGAAGUUCGUGUUUGGAACCGCUCAACUGGCCAACUCUAUCAUACAUUCUCUGGGCACUUUGAAGAGGUCACUGGGCUGGCCCUCGUGGGCUCGACAGUCGUCAGUGUCAGUAUUGAUGCUACUAUCCGCCAAUGGUCUUUGAGCCCUGAUGAUCUCCUCGCUGCCGUGGAGAAGGCUCGAGACACCAAACUGGGGGAUGGAGAAGAGCAGACGAACCCUGAACCGCUGCUGACAGAGGAAGAAGAACGCGAGUUGGCUGAGCUGAUGGGCGAAGAAUGA